AUGAUUCUCACGAGUGAUUGCUGUGUCUAUGGAUGGGGGGAUAAUAGGGACGGAAAGUUAGGUUGUGGACCAGACAGUGAUAUACAAAACGGAACCAUAUUUCGAGUGAAUUUCAGUCCUAAUCACGAAAUUAAAAGCAUUUAUUGUUAUGGUUAUUCUUCAUAUGCCAUCACAUCAGAGGGACAGGUGUAUAGUUGGGGUCUAAAUGAAUGGUAUAAUUUGGGACAUAAUUCAUCGGAUAAUAUAUGGAAACCAAAACCCAUUGAAGACAUGACUGGUAUUAAGACUAUCUGUUCCAAUGGUCGCAUCACUUACUUCUUAUCAAACGAUGGAUUCAUUCAUUUUUGCGGAGAAUAUAGGAAUACAAACAACGAACUUGUUUCCGAAGUGAAUCAUUACAAGCGUCUAUAUGUAGAGAAGGAUUUAUUAGGUUCGGGAGGUUUUGGGGAAGUGCUGACCAAUUUCGGGAAUUUGUGUUCCGAUAGUCUGCAGAAUAUUCUUCAACACAAACCACAAGUGUUUGGUCGACAACCGGACGAACCCAUGAAUUCAAUCGAAGACCUCAAAUCCGACAAUAUAUUACUGGCGAAGACUGUAAGGAACGGCAGGUUUUUCAAAGUAUGUGACUUUGGUUUGGCUACUGUUCACCAGCACUCGUCAGAUAAGGGAGACCUGAGAUAUCAGGCACCAGAAGUGGGUCAGGGAGUGGACUAUACCCAUAAGAUAGAUGUCUACAGUUUGGCUAAAAUUGCAGAACAAGAUAUUUUUGGGAUUCAUUUAGUGGACAAACCGUAA